AUGUCUUGGCGCUGGCGUCAAGACGGUCGAGUAUUCGAUACCUUGCGCUCGAACCUCGCGGUCCAUGCUGCUCUGGAAGUCAUUACGCUCUCGCGUCCGAUUAGAGACUUAGACCCUUUUGUUGGCAUUAACGACAUUCUGCAUCUCAAACAUGCAUCGAACAAUGUGGGUUAUGCAGAACCCCUGGUCGAAGCCGGCAGGAAUGCGAAGAUGAUCUGGGUCUGGGUCUGUUGGACGUUCGUAGAGCUGACCGGCUUCGAUCUUCUGGUGCCACACACUAGCUCCCCUUCGAUCUGA